CUCGGUCCAACUCAUCACAAGAUUGACUACGGUAACUUGGAUAAAUAUGUCUAUCCCUCAAACUUCGAAGUUCGAGAUUAUCAAUUCAACAUUGUGCAAAGAGCCUUUUACCAUAAUCUUCUUGUGGCUCUUCCAACUGGUUUGGGAAAGACUUUUAUUGCAUCCACGGUUAUGUUGAACUUUCUCCGGUGGUUUCCGGAAUCAAAGAUGAUUUUUGUGGCACCCACAAAGCCUUUGGUUGCACAGCAAAUCAAAGCUUGCUGUUCUAUCACGGGUAUUCCUAGCUCCAAAGUAGCUAUUCUUCUAGAUAAAACGAGAAAGAAUAGAGGCGAGAUUUGGGAUGAAAAGCAGGUCUUUUUCACAACACCACAAGUUGUUGAAAACGAUUUGGCCUCUGGUUUAGUGGAUCCCAAGACAAUAGCACUUCUAGUUAUCGAUGAAGCUCAUCGUGCAAAAGGGAACUAUGCCUACAACAAUAUUGUCAAGUUCAUGGAUAGAUUUACCAACUCCUAUAGAAUUUUAGCAUUGACGGCUACUCCAGCUUCAGAUGUAGAUGGAGUCCAAGAAAUCAUCGACAACUUGAACAUAUCUAAGGUGGAGGUACGUUCUGAAGAAAGUAUUGAUAUCAUCAAGUAUAUGAAGAGGAAACGUAUCAUCCGACGAAACAUAUAUCAAUCUGAUGAGAUCAAGGAAUGUAUUGAUUUACUAUGUACUGCAAUUGCUCCAGUAUUAAAAGUAGCAAAUGGGAAAGGAAUACUAGAAAUUACAGACCCUCUGAGAAUCAACUUCUUCCAAUGUAUGGAUGCUUCACGUAAAAUCGUAGCUAAUCCCACAAUUCCUGAGGGCACAAAGUGGUCCAAUUUCUUUACAUUGCAAUUGUUGGGAGUUGUCGGACAAUGCUUCCGAAGACUAAAUGUAUAUGGAUUACGUUCUUUCUUCAGUUACUUCAAUGAGAAGUAUACAGAGUUUAUGGCUAAGCAUAGCAAGAAGAAAUCAUCGAACAAGUUAAACGCCGAUUUCUACUUCAGUGAGCCAAUCAAACAAUUAAUGAAAAGAAUAAGGACAAUGAUAGACGAUCCUAAAGUCUUCAGUCAUCCUAAAAUAGAAGCCAUGAUGGAAGAGUUAGAUGAGUUCUUCACUAUUAACAACGCCACUGACUCGAAAGUAAUUAUCUUUACAGAAUUCAGAGAAUCUGCUCUUGAGAUUGUUCGGUUUAUCGAGAAGGUAGGCAAGAAUUUGAAACCACACAUAUUUAUUGGACAAGCCAAAGAAAGAGACAAAUUUGACGAGUCAAAUUUUGGCAAAAAAAGUAAAGGUAAAAGAGUUGGCAAGAAACAACAAGAUGAUUCAAAGUCGAGCUCUGAAAAUGCUCAAAUUAACGGUAUGAAUCAGAAACUUCAGAAAGAAAUCAUUAAGAAUUUUAAACAAGGAACGUAUAACAUUUUGGUGGCAACUUCUAUUGGUGAAGAAGGCUUGGAUAUUGGAGAAGUUGAUUUGAUCAUCUGCUAUGACUCUACUAGCUCACCUAUAAAAAAUAUUCAAAGGAUGGGAAGAACUGGACGUAAACGUGAUGGUAAAGUAGUUCUCCUUUUUUCUAGUAACGAAGAAUCCAAAUUUGACAAAGCUAUGAACGGUUACGAGUAUAUUCAGCAACAUAUCAUGAAGGGACAACUUAUCGAUUUAAAAGAACAGAAUAGAAUGAUUCCUAAAGACUGGGAACCAAAGGUGGAAAUGAGGUUCAUAGAAAUCCCUGAAGAAAACCAUGAGCUACAGGUGGUAGAUGAUGAAGAUGAAAUCAUCAGAAUUGCUACUCAGUAUAUGAUGGGAGGUAAACUGAAAAAGAAGAAAGCAGCAGCAAGCAAAAAAGGCAAAACAAAAGAAAAACGAGCCAAGCAGUUUUUCAUGCCUGAUAAUGUAGAGAUUGGUUUCAGAAGUGUAACCAGCAUGGUAAGGGCAGUUGGAUCUAGUAAGUCCUUGGAAGAAGAAAAGAAGGAAGAAAAAGUAAGGGAUGUGUUAGAUAGAAUAGUAGAUUCCGAUAGUGACGAAGAAAUUCCACUCGGUUCAAUACCUAUACCAAGAAGUGAAGUGAUUGCGCAUAAACAAUCCACCACAGAUGAACAAUUACUUGAAAGAGAUUGCCAAUCUGGUUCUAAUAUUUCAGAUCGUACACUUGACCAACACCAUUCAGCGAGCGAAGAGAGGGGCAUUAAUUCUAACUUCAGUCAUGAAAGUAACCUUCCUACUCCUCCUGAAAAUUCUCCACCAAAAAGAAAGCUGAUUGUACUAGAAGAGGCACGCAUUGCAAAAAAGAAACACAAGAAAAGUUUGGGAAUUCGAAAGCCGACAAUACGUCCUCCCAGCAUCAUAGACCAAUUGAAGAAGCAGAAAAGCAAAAUUAUACGUCCUGACUCAGCAAAUGAAACUAUUUGUCUCGACGAAGACGACAUACUUCUUCCGGAAUAUACAAAUAUUACUGAAAAAGAGGUAACAGUCCAAGAAGAUAGAAGAGAAAUAGAACACGAUGAUGACAGUGAGAUUUUUGAUGAUGGGUUAGACGAACAAUUGGCAAUGAUAGAUGAUAUGAAUACAACUAAAUCAUUUGUGGAGCCCACAAGAAUAGAUUUUAAAGAUGAAGUAUUCAAGAAUGACUUCGAUGAACAUGAAGGAUUCUUGAACAACGAUGAGCUUAUGGAACUUCAUACCUCGUAUUUCACAGCCAUAGAUCCUAUGGACAAGGUAUUUUAUUAUGAUCCCUCAUCGAGUGUUCAUGUUGACGGAGCCAAUCGGGAAUACGCUUUCUAUGGUAAGAUUGGCCACAGCAAA